GAGAUGUAAAUAUGUAGCAAGCGACGGCUUUUGAUUGCAAUGAUUUCGCUUCCUUUGACUUCAUGCCAGUUAAAAGUUAAAGUUUGGUAGCAAAGGCAGUGUGCACUGUAAAUUGAGCGAGGAACCGUUCGCUAAUUACUGCAUUGUUAUUGUGGAGGAGUCGUCAACGGAAAUUUUGCAAUUGGGACUUGCAGUGUGUUGCAAAUUCAUUGAUGUUUCAGUCAAUUUUGACAUAGAAAUUUGAACGAUACACACAAAGAAACAGAAUCAAGAUGGGACUUCCUGAAGGAUUGAUUUCAUCCCUGGGGAACCUUCUCUCCUCUCUCGCCGAACUUGUGGGGGCCGUGACAGGUGAUCGAAAAAUGGUCAUGAAGUCCACCACGGUCCAGAAAGCGUUGCUGCAAGGAUCAUGCAACGGAAUUGUGAUGGAAGCGAGCACAUGUGCUUCUUCUAGUAUUAACAACAAUACAAAGAAAAAACCAAAAGCGGCUGAAGAGAAUCAGACCAACAGCAUUUACAAGAAUCCUGACAUUGGGCUCUGUGUGUCCGAGCUCAUUCAAAAGUAUGGAUUUCCAUUCGAGUCUCACGAGGUCGUCACGAAAGAUAAAUACAUUCUGAACUUGUUUCGAAUUCCACAUGGGCGUCAAGGCCCCCAUUCUCGAGGGGACAAACCCCCAGUCCUUUUGGCGCAUGGACUCUUAAAUUCGGCCGGAGCGUGGGUUAUUCACGAGCCAGACAAAGCUUUAGCAUACAUGUUGGCUGACCGGGGUUAUGACACUUGGAUGCUGAAUAGUCGAGGUUGUACGUAUUCCAAGGGUCAUGAAACGCUGUCCGCACAGGAUAAGGAAUUUUGGGAUUUUAGCUUCCAUGAAAUGGGCACCAUGGACGUGCCUGCCGUGAUCGAUCACAUUCUGGCGACCACUGGUCAUCCAAAUCUUUACUAUGUUGGCCACUCUUUAGGAAAUACGAAGCUUAUGAUUGCUAUAAAUGAGGAUGAGAAUCUGGUCGGAAAGGUCAAACUGUUGGUCUGCUUCGCCCCUGCGGUCUACUUGUACAUGACUACGGCCAGACUUCUCAGCCUUAACGCCCCCUUCUUCAAACUGCAGAAAGCGAUUCUAGACUAUUUUACGGGUGGAGAGCUGAUGAGUAAACCGUUUGUUCAACAGUUUAAAAAAUUCCUUCCCUAUCCAGAGUAUUUUGCGGCGAAGGUUGUGACCAUGAGCAUGUAUUUGAUGGGUGGCUACAACCCCGAUCAAAUUCACUGGCCUGGACUUCCCGUCGUGGCUGGUCACACCCCUUCUUCGUCCUCUGUCCGAACUUAUAUCCAUUGCCUCCAGUAUUUUAUCAAUUCAGAAUUCCAGCAGUACGACUAUGGCAGUGCUGACGCUAAUUUGCAAGCUUACGGGCAACCCACCCCGUUAAAGUAUGACUUGACCAAAGUUACUUGUCCAACUGUCAUAUUUUAUGGCGAAAAUGACCUCCUGUGCAGACCUCAGGCCGUGGAACAGCUUUCCAAAGAAUUACCAAAUGUCGUUGGGUACCACAGAGUUGACUGUGACAAGUUUUCGCACACGGACUUUCUUUACGCAAAGGAUGCAGAUACCUUAGUUUACAACAAGUUAAUAUACAUGUUGGAAGAGUGGACCAGACCUGAAAAUUCUGUGAGCUAACAGGACUAAUUUUUCAUCCAAGCAGAGGUUUAAUAAGUUUAUAUGUAGCAAGUGAUUGACCCAUUAAGCUAACUCAUCGUCAGUCGUAGAAUCCUACGAAUUUCGAAAUGUACAUUGACUCAUCGUAAUAAGUGUCUAAUAAUCUACGUAAAUAAUGACUGAGUAAUUUUAUGCUGUACAAAACCAGCAAUAAAUAUAAAUAAAACGAUGUAUGAAAUCUGUA